GCGCGCCGCGAUUGGCUGCGGGGGGUUCCGGCUCGCCAAAUAAGGCAGCGGGGCUCCCCGGGGCCCAUUCAUACGGCGGCGGCGGCCCGCGAGUGCGUACGUCGCAGACACACGGAUGGGGACUCCCUAGCCGUCAUGACGAUGGACGGCCUGGACACGCUGUCUCGCGACUGCCUUCAGUUCAACCUGAGUUUCGAAUCGUUCAAGGCGACUGGCGCCAGCGGCCUCGCGCCACCCGAGGGCUCCGACGACCCGCUGAACACGCCCGUGUCCACGACCGCCGAGUUGAUCACCUUCUUCGCCACCGAUGCGGUCAUCCCCGACCCCGUGCCCAUCUCAGGUGAGCCGGCCCACCGCUGGCCCGAGAGGCCGGCGAGCCCACUGCGCGAUGCGGAGCAGCCGAAGGACCCGUACGGCCGGCUCGCCUACCGCGGCACCUUCACCACCGCCUGGCCCGGCCCCGACGCGGCGCCCUUCUUCGAGCAGCCCGAGCCUUUUCCCCCGCUCGACUCGUUCAAAGCCGCCCCGUACACGGCAGAGAGCGAGCAGGCAAAGUACCCCUGGUUCGCCUACGAACACACCGCACCCCCGGCGCCACCUUCCUCUUCUGCGGUGGCCAAGCCCGAGGAGCCGUCGGCUACACUGGCCGAGUACAACCAGGCGACCAGCAAGGGCCACGAGAUCCUGAGCCAGGCGUACCAGAACAGCCCCGUGCCACUGAAGCUGGUGCCCGUGAAGCCGCGAAAGUACCCGAACCGGCCGAGCAAAACGCCAGUGCACGAGAGGCCGUACGCGUGCCCCAUCGAGGGCUGCGACCGGCGGUUCUCGCGCUCCGACGAGCUGACGCGCCACAUCCGCAUCCACACGGGCCAGAAGCCGUGCAGUAUCGGAGGCUAUGCCUGGUCGCUCGAGCACCCGUGGUCCGGAUCCAGGGCGUCUAGGAACGCCGGAGACCUCGUCGGGUCCUCAAAGGGCCCGGAAACGUUCGUCUUCGCACGAAUACCGGCGCCGACCGCUGCGCGAACGCCAGAUAUCGGCGAACAGGUGGCUGCAAGGCGCAACAGGUGA